AAUUGGCUGCGCCAGUUAAAACCUAGAAAACAAAAAUCCGAGAAGCGGAAUUCUGUCAAAAUUGAACUCAGGCGCCUGACUCGGUUUCGAGCGAAAAUUUCCGAUAAAUUUUACAAAAUCCACCGUAGCCUAUUUACAACUGAGAUUUACCUUCAAAAGAAUUCAAAGCACACAAAAUCUGUGUGGUCUUUCUUUCCUUUUCUGAUAAGCUUUUCCCUCUCAUGCGUGUAUAUAUGCGUGCAGUCCAUUAGAUACCCAAAUAUCAAAUAAGCUGUUUCGAAAGCUCAAAUCUUUAUGAUUCAAUGGAGUUUUCUCUCUCCUAGGUUUUUUUUUCCUUAGGUCCUGGUAGAUUUGGCGAGUGAGUUUCCUCUUUCAUAGGUGCAAGGGAGUAGUGGGAAUUCACUCUCUCUUUCGUUUCUAGCUCUGUUAUGUUGCAAAAUCGAUAAUUGGGAAUUUUGUUGUCUCUUAGAACUUGAGAAUUGGGGUUAGAUUUUGAUUUUAGUGGUUUAGGGAUUUGAGCUGAUUCACAAUGGCCUCCUAUAGGCAAUUUCCUCCACAAUCCACAUUCCCGCCGCCCCAACAACCACCACAACAGCAACAGCAGAGACCUAAUCAGUAUACUCAAAACUACUCUCAAAUGGCUCCAACGCCAGCUGCUUCUUCCUCUACAUUUCCCCAAAACUACCCCCAAAUUCCUACUCAGCAGAAUUUCUCGCAACAUUAUCCUCCUCGACGUGCCCAACACCCUGCCCCUCCACCACCACCUCACCAACAAUAUCCGUAUCAGCCUCCCCCACCUCCCCCAGCACCAGAAUCAUCAUAUCCACCUCCACCUCCGCCACCAGCACCAGCCCAACAGCAACCACCACCUUCUAUGUACUACCCACCAUCACAAUAUUCUCAGUAUGGUCAUCAGCCAUUGCAGCAGCCAAUGCAGCCACCUCCUCCGCCCCCACCCCCUUCAUCUCCUCCUCCUAGCUCUUCAAUACCACCCCCGCCACCCCCCAGCUCCCCACCCCCACCUCCUCCUAAGGACAGCGGCACAGCAAGAGAUAAAGUGGGGCCUGAGGAAAGGAGGCAACAUGGGCAUUCAAGUCACAGUGGUGUAGCCAAACAAAAGAUGCAGAAGCCACCAGUUCCACCUGGGGGGAAGAAGGUGAAUGGACCAACCGGGAGGGUGGAGACAGAGGAGGAGAGAAGGUUGAGGAAAAAGAAGGAGUUUGAGAAGCAAAGGCUAGAAGAUAAGAAUAGGCAGCAGUUGAAAGAAUCUCAGAACACAAUUCUGCAGAAGACCCAGAUGUUAUCUUCUCAGAAGGGGCAUGGUUCCAUUGUUGGAUCCCGAAUGGGGGAUAGGAGGGCCACUCCAUUACUGGGCGGGGAGAGGAUUGAGAAUAGGUUGAAGAAGCCAACAACAUUCUUAUGCAAAUUGAAAUUCCGAAAUGAACUUCCUGAUCCAAGUGCACAACCAAAGCUCAUGACCGUGAAGAGAGAUAAAGAUCGAUUUACAAAAUACACAAUCACAUCAUUGGAGAAAAAUUAUAAGCCCCAACUGUUUGUGGAGCCAGAUCUUGGGAUACCACUUGAUCUGCUUGAUCUCAGUCUCUACAAUCCACCUAGUGUUAGACCACCUCUUGCUCCAGAAGAUGAGGAAUUAUUGCGUGAUGAUGAUGAAUCAGUUACCCCUGUAAAACGAGAUGGCAUUAGAAGAAAAGAACGACCCACUGAUAAAGGUGUUUCUUGGCUGGUCAAAACUCAAUACAUAUCUCCUUUAAGUAUGGAAUCGGCUAAACAGUCUCUUACUGAAAAGCAAGCAAAAGAAUUGCGAGAAAUGAAAGUAGGCCGUAACCUUUUGGAGAACCUCAAUAACAGAGAGAGUCAAAUCAAGGAUAUUGAAGCAUCAUUUGAAGCAAGCAAGUUGCGCCCUAUCCAUGCAACCAAUAAAAAUUUAAAGCCUGUUGAAAUUCUACCAUUGCUACCUGAUUUUGAUAGGUAUAAAGAUAAAUUUGUCUCUGUGACAUUUGAUAAUGCUCCUACGGCUGAUUCAGAAACCUAUAGCAAGUUGGAUCAAUCUGUUCGUGAUGCCUGUGAAUCACAGGCUGUUAUGAAAGCUUGUGUGGCAUCUAGCUCAGAUCCAGCUAAACAGGAAAAAUUUUUGGCAUACAUGGCCCCUAAUCCUAAUGAGCUAUCGAAGGAUGUCUAUGAUGAAAAUGAGGAUAUCUCAUAUAACUGGGUUCGUGAGUACAACUGGGAUGUACGAGGUGAUGAUGCUAAUGACCCAACAACAUUCCUUGUUUCAUUUGAUGAAAAUGCAGCUCGCUAUGUGCCUCUUCCCACAAAGAUUAAUUUAAGAAAGAAGCGAGCCAGUGAGGGAAGAUCUGCUGAUGAGGUAGAGCAUUUUCUACCACCAUCAACAGUAACAGUGAGGAACAGGUCAACUGCUGCUGCAAUAGAAAUCAGAGAUACAGGGGUUAAUUCAAAUUCAAGGGGUAAUAUCCUGAAUUCAAGGAUGGGAAUGUCAGAUGAUGAUGAUGGCCUUGGUAGAAUGCGUAGGAUUGAUCGAGGCAAGGAUAUUGACCAUUCAAGUGGAGCUGAAGAUGACUUUUCUGAAUAAUUGGUCCUAAUGCAAAUGCUGCAACUAGAAAGUUUUCAAGGUUGAAAACAGUUGGUAUUGCAGGUGACUUGUAGAAUGUACAUGCCAACCAUCCGAAAUAUACAUGUUUUCAUGAUGUAGCUGGUUUUAGUAGAAACAGGUUUUUUUCAAUACCAUAAGCGGCAGAAAGAAUGAAGGUGUAAAGAAGUUCAUCAAGGCCUGAUGUUUUGAUGUACUGUAAACAUCUUAAGUUAAUCUAUAGAACAGUUAAAUA